AUGACUCGCUACCAGCUGUCUGAACAGGUAAACUGCAUUCUCCUUGCACUUGUGUGCCCGUGUGCCGCAAAACCAUGUUCAGAGGAUACCGAAUCCGAGGAAACCAGUAGCGGUUGCGAAUCAAGUUCCCAUGGGACCGAUUCCGAUGAUCGAAAGGUUGAAAUCGUCAUAAACAUUAAGGACUGCAGUAGCAGUUCUAGCUGUCAGGAGGACACGCCAUGUAGCGAUGGGUGCCCUGAUUGCUCAGUAACGGACCAUGCUCAGUGCAACGAAACGACCAAACAAUGCGAAUGUAAAUUCGAUGGCGAGUUCCCAAAUUGCUGUCCCGAUUGUUCAGCCGUUGAUGGACAAAUCUGCUGUAUACCAGGGGUGAACUGCGGGUCGGCCAACGUCGGAGAAUGCUUCUGCGAGAACGGUGAAAUUCCAAAAGAAAAUGGCCCUAUCGAAUGUUGUCUUGUUAAGUGCCCGGAUGGAGAGGCGUGCGGAGAGGACGGAGUUUGCAAACCAACCAUUCCGUUUGGCAAGAUAUGCGUCGAUGACGGUGUCCGCUCUUCAAACGCAUGCGACCAAAGGGCGGGCAUCAAAUGUCACACGUACGACUGCUGUGGGCAAGAAAGUAAUAUCGAUUGCCGCGACAAGUACUGCCUGUGUGAAACCCCUCAGGGCUGGGAGUACAACAACGCAACCGUUCCCUGCAAAUUCGUGGGAGGCCGGCCGGACAAAAAGCUAUGUUUGGACGCCCCUGAUGAUUUCGGCUCACCUACUACUACUACUUCUACUGUAAUCUAACUAUCCCGUAAACGACGAGUUGCGAGCUACCGAUGACCUCGACGGUAGCAAACAUAUAGUUACGAUUCGUCUGUCCAAAUUGCAUCUUACAACGUUAUGCUGACACCUUUGCACGUGCUCUAUAUUUCGUAAACAUUUGGUAGUGACAAUCUAAAAAAUAAAUGUUUAUUUAACCAAAUGUAUGGGGGACAUCAGAGAAUACACGAUAAAAGCAACGUAAAUUGUCAUUUAAAAUACUCUAAAAAACUAAUUUAUAUCCGACCAUAUCUUAUCUGCCCGUUCUUGUAGUAAGAUAACUUGUACUUAAAGACCGUAUGAACAACAAAGAUAACAAACAGUCUUCCUUAGCCAAAAUUCUGCUUACAUACGGUGCAUACAUAUUUACAUACAUCAUUUAAUUUGAACUGUAUGCGGCAUUGACGUUUUAAAUACGUGGGCAUGUAAACAUCAAAAAGUAUUCACUGAUACAAAUAUUAAAAGUGUAAAAAUUCUCUGUUGAUCAAUAGCUUAGUUCUGUCACCAUGAUUAAGUAUAGAAAUGUAUUUACAUUUGAUGUAUUCAACUUCCCUUUAAUUAAACGUCAGCAUAGCAA